AUCAUUAGAGAAAAGUAGAACACAGAAACUCAAAGCUAAUUUUAUUUUCUGAUAAUCUAAUUAUAUGUUUGAUCUCUCCUGUCUCCCUUUGUUUCUCUAAAAUAUUCCCUUUUCCCUUAAUUCUGAAAGGCCAUAUUAGGCUAACAUGAUGAUUUCUUUUAGAUAUAUAUAUAGUUUUAAGUCUUAAAAUAUUUCAGUCUCUGAUAUUAUACAUUAAAGAAGUAAUUUUUCCAAUCAGUUUGAUUGCACAUGAAUCCACUACUCUUGCAGACUUUGCAGUCAGUCUGGAGUUUGAAAUCUAUUUCCAGGCAGAGUUUUAGAAAAGAAAACAGUCUUAAAAAGUGAGCAGAGAAAAUGUUGAUGUUUUGUAAUACGAUGGACUAUCAGUGCCCCUGUUAGGAAAACAACUAUCAGAGAUUUUGAGAAUUAAGUCAUUAAUAUUACAAUAACAAAGCAAUAUUUUGAGAUUAAAAAGUCAUAACAUUUCGUGAUUAAAGUUGUAUUUUUUGCCAGAAAAACAGUCACAAUAUUUCAAAAAUGAAGUUGUAAUUUUUCGAGAAAAAAAUUGUAAUACUUCUAAAUUUGUCUUUAAUAUUUCAUGAACAAAAGUCAUAAGUCACAUUUCCAGGCAGGCUUUUAGAAAAAAAACACACUAUUAAAAAGCUAAAUUUAAUUUGAUGGGGUGCCCAAAUAAAUCAUAUGGGGAAAAUAUGCCAGGUUGGAUUUUUAUCCACUUCUCCAUUUUCAUUAAAACCUGAGGACAGUCCUGCUGUGGAAACACACUGAGGCCAGGCCAGUGUCACAUCCAUGAUUUGGCCCUGGUUACCAUUGGUUAGUGUGACUAUCUUUAGCCUGGUUAGCAUGUUAUCUAAUUUUGACAAGGUUGAGUCAUUUUGGACUAGUCCCGGCAUGUCUACACAGAGCUAUGCAAUGAAAUCAGCUGGUACAGUCAGUUUGAACAUGAACAUACACACUGCUGCUGACUCAGCCCUGAGUGGCCCUGUUAGGCCCCAGUUAGGCUAGGCCAGGCCAUCUAGGCUGGUCUAGUCCUGACAUGUCUGAGCAGGUCUAUAAGAAGCUGCAGCUCCUCUCUGCUCCACUCUGACUGCACUUUAUCAAUUUUUUUGCACAGGAUGGACAGCUGAUACUUUCUACUCUGUAUAUACUGAGACUAUCAGCGUCACUAUGUCAGCUGACAGGGAGCUCAACACCGACGCGGCUGACGAGAACAAACUGGUCAGACCAAAGUUAGAGUUCGGUUCUUUGCUGCAACAUGCAGGAGCCACUAAAGAUGUUUUCACCAUGAAGGAGGUGAUGUUCUACCUGGGCCAGUACAUCAUCCAGAAGCAGCUGUAUGACCAGAAGCAGCAGCACAUCGUCCACUGCUCCCAGGAUGCACUGGGGCGGGUGCUGGGAGUCGACAGCUUCUCUGUUAAAGAGCCACGAGUUCUGUUUGCUAUGAUCACCAAGAACCUGGUGGCCGUGAAGAGCCAAGAGUCACUGCCAAGCUUGAGUGAACCGCACAGUAACAGUCAGACAGAUAAAGGGACAGAGGAGGCAGAUUCAGAAAGUCGCUCUUCAUCGCCAGACAGGAGGAGAAGGGGAAGGAGGAGGAGGAGGAGCCGCAGGAGCAGUGACCCAGGACCCUCCCACAGUGUAGAGGAUGAUGAAGAUGGGGGGGAGUCAGAGGAGGAAGAGGAAGAAGAAGGUAGGAAGAGGAGGAGGUCUGACAGCUACUCCUUGACCUUUGAUGACAGCCUGUCCUGGUGUGUGAUUGGUGGUCUGGCAAGUGUGCGGGACAGAAACAGCAGCCAAUCAUCCGACUCACACAGCACGUCUGGGAGGUCAGAGGUCACGGUUGCAGCCUCAGACUCAGACAGUGACAACUUCAGUGUCGAGUUUGAGGUCGAGUCCGUCGCGUCUGAUGACUACAAUGAAGAUGAUGCCUCUCUGUCUGCAGAUGACCAGGUAUAUGAGGUCACCAUCUUCGAGGCAGAGGAUGACGACUCCUUUGAUGAAGACACAGAGAUCACAGAAGCUGACUACUGGCGGUGUGCGAAGUGUGACGAGUUGAACCCCCCUCUCCCCAGAAACUGUCUCCGCUGCUGGACGCUGCGCCAGGAUUGGCUGCCUGAGGUGCCCUUUGAUAUAACAAAGUCCGCCUCCUCCAGUCCUAAAGUCUUGCCCCCAAAGCCAACUGACCAAUCAGCAGCCAAAGAAGCUCCAGGUUCUGAUGUCGAAGAGAAUGAAGGAGUCGAUGUUCCAGAUGGGAAAAGAGCAAAAACUCCUCCCCUCCUGUCGCAGUGUCUGUCUGACUCCACCUCCUCUGCUCCCAACUCCCAGGAUCUCCUCUCAUCCUCCCAGCCUUCCUCUUCCUCCUCCUCCUCCUCCUCCUCCCAGCAGAAGCUCUGGACUCCUGACUCCCAGCCCUCCUCCUCCUACUCCUCCUCCAUUGACUCCCAGGAGCUUCUCCCGUCUUCCCCCACCGAUCCUCCUCCACCUCCACCUCCUCCGGUGGUCCCCGAGCUGGAGCGCAGCAUGUCGGCGGAGUGGCGGCUGCCGGACUCGUGCCUGGACCCCUGUCUCAUCUGUCAGUCCCGGCCAAAGAACGGCUGCAUCGUCCACGGACGAACCGGACACCUAAUGUCCUGCUACGUCUGUGCCAGGAAGCUGAAGAAGAGGAACAAGCUGUGUCCGGUCUGCAGGCUACCUAUCCAGUCUGUCGUCCUCACCUACCUCAGCUGAGACGCCCAGUCUGUCCUCACCUACCUCAGCUGAGACGCCCAGUCUGUCCUCACAUUGAUGCCCCUUUUAUACAGCAGAUACAUGUAUGACGAAGGUCUCCUGAACACGUGUUCAAUCCAAAUUGGCCCCACUCAUAUGAGACAGCUGCUACAGGAUUAUCACUGGUGAGACUUCAGUUCACAGUUUAAUUCCAUACACUUCACAACAACCAUAGAAUUCCAUUGAAUAAUUACCAAAUUAAAUGUUUGGGUUCAUGUUUUAGCUUCACUUCUCUGCUUCUGUCCAUAGGCACAUGUCCACGCUUUCUUUUUCUCUUAGUCUCUGUCUCUCUUUUCGGGAAGCUGGUGUGGCUGGCAUUAUUCUACAUUUGUAUUAUUGUCAACAACCCCCAUGAACAGACCAAAACCAACAAUGUUUUAGUCCAUCUCUCAAUACUUUCUCACUUCCCUACCCUGUCUGUGGCUCUCUGCCCCAAGCCCAUUGGUUCCUACUGAGGAUGGAAAUCUUUAAAAACGACUCACAGGCUCUGUAAUUUUCUAAAACAGCUGGGUACUGUAGUUUAAGUAGGGCUGAAAACUGCUGCUGAAACUAUUAUUUUCAUUAUCGAUUAAUUUGCCUAUUUUCUCAAUUAAUCGUUUCGUCUGCUAUAGUCAGAAAAUGGUAAAAAAAAAAAAGCCCAGUAGGAGAGUCUGAGGUGAUGUAUUCAAAUAGCUUGUUUUGUCUGAACAACAGCCCAAAACCCAAAUUUAGUUUACAGAUAUAAAACGGGAAAAAGUAGCAAAACGUCAUAUUUGAGAAGUUGCAACUGCUAAAUGUUCGGCAUUUUGGCUUGAAAAGUUUUUGAAGCAAAACGGGAGGAAAUAGCGCAUUUGUUGGGGACUAUUUUCAACGGUGGAUUAAUCCACAUUUGGUGCACUAGUGAGCAUUUGGGGCAGCACGACGGGUUUUCCUUUCUUUCCUGGAAAGAAAAAUGUCCUUUUAAAUCUUCAUUGAUGAAUUUAUUAUUAGAAAAUGUAUCCUUUAUUUGAUUUGUUUGCUUGCCCUGCUGUGCACUGACUAAAAGAUUAUCCAGGUUAAACUGGCAAUCAACCAUAACUGCACCAAUUGAACACUGUUUUUUUUUUUUUUCAUAAUUAGCACCAAAGACAUCGUUCCUUCCAGGAAACUCCCAAAGAAAUUAUUUGCAAAUUAGAAGGAAAUCACGGCCCAUAAACUGAAGUGUUACCCAACAUUAUUAUUUAUUAUACAUUUAUUUAAGAUGCUCAAGUUUAUUUAUACUCUUCUAUGAGCUCUUUAAAUAACAAGAUAAAUAUAUGAGAUCUCUAAUAUUUUCUGUUGAGAAUUUUCUGUGAACUGAAUAAAGUUUAACUUCUGUUAA